AUGAUAGCUGAAGUUAGUGCAAUCCGUGACAAAACAACUUGUGUUGAAGUGGGUGAUUUGGUGAUAAGUGUUGAUAAUCGAUUGAUUAGUUCAUUAAAAAGUGCCGAAGAGGUACAAAUUUUAUUGCGUCACGGUACGAAUCUUGUUCUACGUAAACGUGAUGCUAUCGUUUCACAAUACAUGAGAUCAAGACCAUUUCCCACUUCAACUAAUAAUACUACAACUACUCCUACAACAGUUUUUAACAGUUAUGCAGCACCCCCACCACCACCACCACCAUAUAAUUCCAUAAGAAAUCGUUCCUACAGUAUGGAUCGGAUAUCUGAUAUUACAUCUUAUACGAACAUAACUCGAAAGGAUCAAGAAAAUGAAUCAGCUCGAUCAUCACCCACUCGAAGUAUUCAUCGAAAUUAUCAACCAUCUUCAAAUGGUCAUUUAUUUCGUCAAAUGUCUCGUUCUGCUUACGUGAAAUCAACAAGAUGUGAGGAAUAUCGACAUACAACUCACAAUGAUGCCAUUUCCGUAUCACAUUUUAGUGAAGGAGCGGAAGAACAACUCCUAAAAACAAUUACUGAACUUGUAUCAACGGAAGAAAAUUUCGUCCGUGAUGUCCAGAAGCUAGUAAAUCAAUAUUUGAAACCAACAAAUUUACCCCUAUUGGAAACAGCUGAUCGUUUAUUACGAAUUCAAACUUCAUUUCUUUUAUCACUUCUUGAUGCAGCUGGCGAUGUUGUUCAUUCAUUUAUUGUCUCACAACAACAAUUACGGGAUUCAUUGAUUCGUAUUUCGGCUCUAUUUGUUAACAAAUGUAAUAAAUUUAAAAUUUAUAGCGAUUAUUCAGCUGCAUAUUUACGAUUUCAACAAAAUAAAAAAGAGCUAAAUGAUAUUGCGGUAAAAUUGGAAAAAUUGAAUAUUAGCGGUGAGCAAAGUGAAAGUGCCCAAUCAUUACUAAUCAAACCAAUCCAACGAAUCCUCAAAUAUCCACUUUUUUUACAGCAAAUUAAAGAUAACUGUUUUAAAGGAUCCGUAGAAUGGCAACAAGGUGAACAAGCAUUAACAAAAAUGCAAGCCUUGGCAGAAUACGUGAAUGAAAUGCAACGAUUAACGGAGCAAUACGGACAAACUAUCGAAGAAAUUUCAUCGAAAAAUGGCACAAUAUCACGUAUGAAUUUUAGUCAAUUGUUAAUGUUUGCACAUAUCAAUUGGUUAAAUUGUCCCGAGAAUCGUUCACGUCCGAUUGCUUGCGUAGCAUUUGUUUUCACCAGUCUAAUUUUAAUUUUUUGCCCAACACUUUCUAAAAAUAAGGCUAAUGUUUAUCGAAUUUUACCAAUUGCUGAAGUGGAAGUAAACGAAAGUAACACUCAAUCAUCCCAGCAACAAUAUGUCUUCAUCCUAAUACAUAUUGGUUUAUCACGUGAGUCUGUCUACCAUUUUUGUUGUUGCCAAGCGGAGAUCAAAAAUCACUUCAUUAAAUCUAUUCGUAAAGCGGCUGCUACGAUAGCGAAAGAACAACGUCGCCCAAUUAGUGGUAGCAGUCAAUCAGAUGGCGGUUACAGCAGCGAGCGGCAUAUACCGUAG